AUGAUUUCUUCACCGGAAGCCAAACCUGUGCGCAUACCGAAGCUAAGCUCGUCGGUGCACGACAUCAACGCUGAGAAACCCCCCUUUGGAUCCAGAUUUCUUACGCAAGACUCUGAUGUCUGGACCCAGAACGCUUGGGACCAUGUUCCGCCCCCUGAAGAUCAAACUGAAACGAUAACUGCAUCAUUGGCGAGGCAACGUCUUGCUCCAGUACCUGAAGAUGACAAGAAUAAUUAUAAUGCAAAACCUGCGAAAUAUUGGGAUAAUUUUUACAAGACGAAUGCCGACAAUUUCUUCCGAAAUAGAAAGUGGUUACAUCUUGAAUUUCCAGAGCUGCUGGCAGCGGCAGAACCGGAUGCAGGAGAUGUAACCAUUUGCGAGAUUGGAUGCGGCGCCGGCAACGCUGCAUUUCCCCUCCUUACGGCGAACCAAAACCCAGAUCUUAUCAUCCGCGCCUACGAUUACUCAACCCACGCAGUAAAAUUAGUACAGACAAACGCUCUCUAUAGCUCCCCGCCUGUUGGCAAGAUAGAUGCAGCUGUCUGGGAUUUAUCCUCAUUGGAUACACUACCACCAGGAGUAGAGCCAGGGACUGUAGACAUUAUUAUCUUGGUGUUCGUGCUCAGUGCGCUCCACCCGGACGAAUGGGGUAAAGCUAUCGCUAACAUUCAUAAGAUGCUCAAGCCUGGUGGGCUUGUAUUAUUCCGCGACUAUGGUAGACAUGAUCUCACGCAGCUGCGAUUCAAAUCCGGUCGUCUCCUUGAAGAUAAUUUUUACAUCCGGGGUGAUAAGACACGAGUCUAUUUCUUUGAGCUUGACGAGCUUGCAUUGAUCUUCACCGGAUCGCGCACCUCGCCUGCUCAGAAAACAUCAACAAUGACAGAAAUUGUAGAUGAAGAUGAAGAUAACGAGCCAACGUCACUGCCCACGCCAUCACAGACUGCCAGUCUCGCCUCUCACAUACCGGCGGACACCCCCAACCCAGGAUCUGACGAUAAUCUCAGCUUACCCUCUUCAGGUCCAUCUUCUGACGUACAUCACAACCUCCUUCGUCCUCUGCUCCACUCUCCACCACACCCUCUGUUUACAAUCGAACAACUCGGUGUCGACCGCCGGCUUCUGGUCAAUCGAAAACGGCAGUUGAAGAUGUAUCGCAUCUGGAUGCAAGGAAAAUUUCGUAAAGCUGAGUGAUGCAAACGUGGCAUGAGUCAAGUGAUGUAGCCCAGGUAGCUGAACGUGUAUGAAUGCUCCUCCUGGUUGGAUCAUAUCAAGUACACGUCUGGGAACUGAACAUCUUAGAGCAAUGAGCUACGAAGGUGGCUCUAUAACUUAGGCGUUGCCAAAGGUGAUAUAUCUUUUCGACCUUUUCCGGCGAAUUGAAUUAUGACAAGAUGGUGUGGCGAAUCAUGUUCAACCACUACAGACCAAUAGGCUCCCGCUGGCAAAUUCAUACGCUUUAAUGCGUCAGUGAUGCCAAUAAGUAAA